UCAACAACAAAAAAGACGUGCAAACCAAACAAUACAAAAAUAAGAAGUAUCAAUGAAAUUCACAAAACCACACGCCGCCUUGCUUUCAAGUCCUGGAAUGGGCCACAUCAUCCCGGGUAUUGAGCUCGCUAAACGUCUCUCAGCUCACCAUGGCUUCCAGGUCACUGUCUUCGUCCUCGAAACCGACGCAGCCUCCUCUCAGUCCAAGUACUUAAACUCGACCGGGGUGGACAUUGUCAAUAUCCCUUCGCCGGACAUUUCUGGCUUAGUGGACCCUGCAGACCACGUGGUGACCAAGAUAGGAAUCAUGAUGCGUGAAGCCGUUCCAGCCCUCCGAUCCAAUAUCGCUGCGAUGAUACAAAAGCCAACGGCUCUGAUCGUUGACUUGUUCGGCACAGAUGCUUUGUGCCUUGCAGCGGAGUUCAAAAUGUUGACGUAUGUGUUCAUGACUACCAACGCACGUUUUCUUGGGGUUACUAUAUAUUAUCCAAAUUUGGAGAAAGAUGUUAAAGAAGAGCACACCGUGCAAAGAAAACCGCUUGAGAUACCCGGAUGUGAACCGGUUCAAUUCGAAGAUACUCUAGAUGCGUACCUGGUUCCGGACGAACCGUUGUACCAGGAUUUUGUUCGUCACUGUCUAGCUUACCCAAAAGCAGAUGGCAUUUUGGUCAACACAUGGGAUGAGAUGGAGCCUAAAUCAUUGAAAUCCCUUCAAGACCCGAAACUUUUGGGCCGGUUCGCUCGUGUACCCGUUUACCCGAUCGGUCCGUUGUGCAGACCGGUAGAAUCAUCGAAAACCGUUCACCCGAUUUUGGAUUGGUUGAACAAUCAACCAGAUGAGUCGGUUCUCUACAUUUCCUUCGGAAGUGGCGGUUCUCUAACGGCUAAACUGUUAACCGAACUAGCCUGGGGACUCGAGCAGAGCCAGCAACGGUUCGUUUGGGUGGUUCGACCGCCGGUAGACGGCUUGUCUUGCGGCGCGUAUUUAUCAGUAAACAGCGGCGGAACCAAAGACAGCACCCCAGAAUAUCUACCGGAAGGGUUCGUGACACGUACUAGCGAUAGAGGUCUCGUGGUCCCAUCAUGGGCCCCACAAGCUGAAGUUUUGGCCCACAGGGCCGUUGGCGGGUUUUUGACUCAUUGCGGUUGGAACUCGACGCUAGAAAGCGUCGUUAGCGGCGUGCCGAUGAUCGCGUGGCCACUUUUUGCCGACCAGUUUAUGAACGCGGUUUUGCUCAGCGACGAACUCGGGAUCGCCGUCCGAGCGGAUAGUUUGAAGGAGGCAACUACUAGGACAGAGAUUGAGGCGAUUUUGAGGAAGGUAAUGGUGGAAGAGGAAGGUGAGGAGAUGAGAAGGAUAGUGAAGAAGCUGAGAGACAAUGCGGAGAUGUCUUUGAGCAGCGAUGGUGGUGGUUCGGCGCACGAGUCGCUUUGCAGGGUCACGGAGGAGUGUCAACGGUUUUUGGGACGUGACAGGGACUUGGCACGUGGUGCGUAGGGUUUUUUAAACUCUUUUGUGUUUGAAACUCUGUCAUUUUCCAAAGUUUUUAUUCCCAUUGGAUGGGUGUUUUCUCAACUUGUAUUCCAUUGUAACAUAAUAAUAAUCGGUGUUUUGUCAUUAUACUAGCGUUUUAGACGUUUUGUAAUCGUAUUUCUCAACUAAUGUUCCAUUGUAAUAUUGAAUAAUUCGUGUUGUUUGUAGUAAAA